CUAAAUUAUUGACACUUAUUGCGACUUUUCCCUUUAUUUUGCUAAAAUGAAGAAGUGAAUCACGGGAAGCUUGUGACUUGGGUUUGUGUUGGUCACAUGACUCAGUGUCAGCUGUUCCUGUAUUUGAUGUCGGCCGGAGAAGCUCCGAGCUUCACCGGGGUGCGCCGAUGAUCUCGUCCCCGGACUUGCUGCCUUUCACCGGGCCGCAGUGCUUCGGCGACGAGGCGGAGGGAGACAGCGGCGGUGCAACGGCGUGGGAGCUACCUGAGGAGCUCUCCGUUCCGCCUCUCUCCUCCUCCGUCGGCAGGCACCCGUGGUUCUCCGCGGCCGGCUUCCAGAAGGACUUCGUGCUGGUGGCUGAGUUCUCUGAGCAGGUGGGGCCCACACCAGUGAUGACCAUACCUGAACAGGCUGGCGAGUCAGAGUCCUUGGACUUAAACCACUUCUCCGUGCGCAUCAUGUCUGUGGACUACCAGGCAUCAGGCCCCAGCCCCGCCUCCUCCUCCGCAGGGCCGCGCCUCAACUUCAACGAGGACUCUGAGGUGGUCCUCGGGGACUCUGCGGACUGGGCCUUUGCGUAUGUGCGCCACGUAACCCUUCUGGAUCUGGCGGCCCGUGGGAUGGUGCGUCCGUUCUGCAUGGCCUACGUGUGCUCACAGCAGACCAAGAUCAUGGAAAACUUUAGUCAGUUGUCAGCUGGUUUUCGCCGUGCAGCUGACAGCCUUAAGACUGGGAACAGGCAAGCCUUCUCCUUAGAGCUCCACAACAAGCUUCAUCAGUUGCAGUGCAAACGCUUGGCGCUGCUGAAGAAUGAUGGCAUUAGCAGCAGAGGUGAAAAGGGUGAGGAGUUGGAAGCAGUGGAGCAAGCCAUUGCGAUGCACAAAGAUCUUCUUCGUCAAGUUACUUCCUACCCAAACAGGAAGCUGAAGCAUCCCGACUUCUUGCCUUAUGAACCGGCCGAUGCCUGGACAGACAUGACUGUCAGCACACCUCCUCCUCUGCCAACCAUCCACCGCAGUGGGUCUGAGAGCGGCCUGAAGCCACUACAGGAACUCUGCAAUGCCUACUUCCUAUCGCUGAUGACGGAGCAGCUGGCGCUAACAGAGGUCUGCCUCCGUGGUGAUAUCACCACUCUACGCAGUGCUAGCAUCACGCGCUCACUGAACAGGAAACUCAGACUGAUCAAUUUCCUUUUUGAGCAGCCUGAGGCUGAAGAGGAAGAGGAGGAUGGAGAGGAUGUGUUGUUGAGGGAAACGGAAAGUCAGCCAAGCUUGGACGCGUGUGAGCAGACAGGAGAAGUAGUGAGCGGGGAGAUGACAGGGAGCAUCAGCAGUGGAGACAGUAUACAAGUGAUUGGCACUGAGAGAUCCUACAAGACCCUAGCUGCACCCGAUGUGUGUCUCACCUCACAUCUCCUCUCCUUGCCUGAUGCCACUCUCACUGCCUCCGACACACCUAGUGUCUUGUCCACUGCUCCACUUACCCCACCUUGUGCGCCUCUCGCUCCACCAAACCACCCAUCACUCCAGCUAACCGUCCCUCUCCCUGCUCCCCUUGAAGCGCCUGUCGGUACAACCGAUACUGCGCUUAUUGCUGUUCCUCUGACCGCUCCCAAAGCGACUCUUACUGCCACGGCCUCUCUGAUUGGCCACAAAGUACCUCUUACAGCAAUCGAUGCUGCGCCUCCUGCUACUGCCCACACCUGCCACGAAGCACCUCUUGCAGCCAACGAUGUGGUGCCGGCUGCUGCACCUCUUACGGCAACUGCUGCUGCUCCUCUCAAUGCCCAUGAAGCACGUCUUACAGCCACCAAUGCUUUGCCUAUUGAUGCACCGCUUAUGGCAAUUGAUGCUGCACCUGCCGCCGCCACUCUUCCCACCCAGGAUGAGCCUCUUACGGCCACCGAAGUCACGCCUAUCGCAGUCCCUCACACUACUCAUGAAUCUGCCCCUAAUAAUCCUCUCCCUGCACCCACCCCUGGACCUCCAUCCAACACUUUUGCUAAAUUUGGCACACCUCUAGAUGUUCCUCUCAUCAACCACAAAGAACCUUUAACUGCCUCUAUUACCACACUAAACUCUACCCUCAAAGUGACCCUCCCAGAAUCUGCGGCUGAGCUCACCACCAAUAAUGGGCCUCCCAUUGCACAAGUCAUCCCCUCCAAUGAAUCUUACACAACUCAUGACACGCCUCUUUCCUCACUAGACUUGCCUCUCACAGCUUUCGCAGACCCGGUAUCUAGGCGCAUCAGAAUCUACACCCGGAGGGCAAACAGCGAAGACAGCAUCGAGGUCCUUAGCACCACAGAGUCAAUCAUCCCCGAAGACCUCACCGCCAUCACUGAGGAAGAGGAGCCCACAAAUGAUAACAAAACAGAUGACAUGAUGAGGAAAUCUCGAGAUUGCAGUGCAUCAUAUCAGACAUUGCCCAGACUCCUUUCAAAGCAAUUGUCUUCCGUGCCAAACGCUAAUAAGGAGAUGGAUGGUGCUGCCGAGCUGCACUCGCCCCAUCGGAAGGCCCACCCCCUGGUCGGAAUCUCCUCAGAUGAGGCGGGACUACAAACACUGCGCUUUGUUAAACAAAACUCCUUCUCUCAUCAUGCAAUUUUCUGCUUGCUUAGCGGCCGCCCUCUUGUGUUGCUUUCCAUGGACGACGCAGAGCUAAGGAAGAGCGUUGACGCCCUGACUCCCUUCCUGCCAGCCCCCUGUGGUGCAGUAAUGCCGCGUUUGAGGACACCACUUCAGCUAAGCGAUCUACUCACAUGGAGGCUGAUUGGCAUCCACAGGUCUCAGUCAUCAGAUCCCCUUCAUUGGCUGAGCCGCUACAGCCGUUACGUGGGUGUGCUGGACCUGGACCAUAGGACGCUGCGCUGCCCGGCCUACUCGGGCUCAUUGGUGGGGUCUCUGGUGGGCUCCGCUGUGCCCACCGGCACUUUCCUGACGCACGUUAAGUGUGUCUUAACAGCACUUGCUAAACGAGUACUGCUCUUCACAUUUGCCCAGCAAGGACAGGAGGGACUGGACAAGGGUGACCUCAGUGUAAUGCAUUUCCUGUCAGACCUCAUCAAGCAGCAACAUAUUGGAAACGGACCGCCGGUGAUGCGAUUCUACUAUAUGGCGCUUCAUGUACACAAAAACACAGUCACUACAUAAAGCUUUUUGUGCGGUUUUGCCUCAUGUGUACUAGUAAUGGCAAAAAGUGUGAUACUCAAAGUCAUCCACAAGAUAUGCGGGAAAGAAUGGCAAACUUUCAUUGGAUGGGGCGAUAAUAUGCAUAACUAUGGGAUGUUACCAUAUUUUGAAGCGAUACUUGAACCGUUUUAUAGCUGCUACUCUCAUUUAUUUAUUCAAAAAUGCAAACAAAAACCUCCCAAAUCCUAAGCAGGAAACAUUUCGUAAUUUUUGGUAGGUCUUGAAGACAUCUAGUGUAUUAUAAGAACUUUUUUUUUUCAU